AUGGAACAAAGCGGAAAUCAGAUCGACAUGGACAUCACAGCCAUGGAAGAACAGGCUGAUUUAAAUAAGUAUCGCAUUGUCGUCGGCACACAGACACUGGGAGCCGUAAGCCGGUAUCUAAAAUCCUACUCAAUCGAGUACGCGAUCGUUCACCCGCACUUUGACAAGCCCAAGAAAUCGAAUGAUAUAGCACUGAUCUUCACGGAGAGCAGCAUUCAGUUCAACAUCCACGUCAAAGCCAUUGAUCUCCAGGGCUCACCCCUGCCCAGGGAUACGCUCGUGAUGCACACGGGCUGGGCAUGGCGGAAGGGAGAGGAUGAGAACAAGAUGCGUGCCGUCUAUCACAGGGUCAUUCCAUACAAGAUCUGUUUGACUCACUUCGACAAGAAGGUUCGGAAUCCCAUUGAGCCCGGUCACUUGUGCUUGAAUGUGCCCAAGGACAGUGAUUUUUGCCUCAAGGAAACUGGCGGUCUUCUGGUGCACAACAGAAGACUAGCGGGUCUCAGUAGCUUCGGUACUCCCUGCGCCACUGGCGAGCCUUUUAUGGGCACGCGAAUCUCUUUCUACUUUGACUUUAUACGAACCACGAUGAAGGGAUGUAUUCGAUGCGAGAAAAACACACAUUUCGAAGAACGGUUCUUUGAUUUGUAG